AUGGCGGGAACAUUUCCGGAGAUUGAGAACAGGUGUUACAUUUUCCUCGCAAUCAUUGGUAUCCCCGUUAACCUCCUAGGGAUUGUAAUCCUGUCCCGGGGGAAAUGCGGCCUCUCCGCCUGCACCUCUCGAUACCUGGUGGCUAUGGCAGCGGUGGACCAGCUCGUUCUGAUAGUCGCGGUGAUCUUGUGGCGGCUGGUGUUCCAUCAUUUCCCCGGAUCAUUCAUAGAGGUAACGCCCGUGUGCAGUACAAUCGCUGGGGGCUUUGGAGCCGUCACGGACUUUUCAGUCUGGUUCACUGUCGCUUUCUCAUUCGAUCGUUUUAUCGCGAUUUGUUGCGAUAAACUGAGAGUAAAGUAUUGUACCGUUAGCAUGGCCACUGCGGUUCUAGCCUCUGUCGGCGCAGUGUGCAGCAUUAAAAAUAUACCUAUCUACUUUACGCUUGAACCCGAAGAGCUGAUCGACAAUAUCCCGUGGGGAUGUCCAAGAAAACAAGAGUAUUACUCCGAGACCGGGUGGGUGGCGUUUGACUGGUUUGAUAAGGUUUCGAAGCCGCUGUUCCCAUUCGCUCUAGUCCUCCUGCUCAAUGCGUUGACCGUCAGGCACAUUUUAGUGGCCAGUCAGAUCCGUAAGAGAUUGAGGGGCCAGCGGACAGAGAAAAGUCGGGGCGACCCGGAGAUGGAGAGCAGAAGGAAGUCUGUCAUUUUGCUCUUUGCAGUGACCGGAAACUUCAUCCUUCUGUGGUUGCCCUACGUCAUCAACUUCGUCUACUACUACGUGGCGCGCGUCAACCCCGAUGACGACACCGAGUCGACGUUCAUAUUCCAGCAGGUCGCUUAUAUGAUGCUGACGUUAAGCUGCUGCACAAACACCUUCAUUUAUGCAGCGACCCAAUCAAAAUUCCGGCAGCAGCUUCAGAACGCAAUAAAAUAUCCAGUUAUCUCGAUUGGUCAGUUAGUAAUUGCUCGGGUUCGGAGAACUUAA